CACACAAUGGCUGCUCGAAAGAGAGGAAAGCAAACAAUUUCCAGGCCCGCCGCGUCUAGCAAAAAAUAUGAGAAAAAAAUUAGUAAAAAUUCGGAAAAUUGUUGAAAGUGAAGAAAAACUCCACAGAAAGCAUGUUAAAGCGUCCGGGGCCCAUGAGUGUGGUCGCUGCUGAACACAAGCAACUGGACAGAGUCAUUAUAUCAGUACUAAGUGGGACGGAGUGCCCAAGUCCAUGUAAUUGGGGAGCCUAGAGUGCCAUGGCCACCGGAACCCAGGGCCAGCGUGACAACGUCCUGGAGAAACCCAAGCUCGUGCCACCUACAGGGAGACGUCGGAGGGCUGAGGGGAAGCCCAAGAAGAUCUUCUCCUGCCAGGAGUGCCAGAAGACCUUCAACAGUUUGGAGAAGUUAAAGGUGCAUUCGUACUCUCACACCGGAGAGAGACCUUACCGCUGCUCUCAGCCGGAGUGCACCAAGGCUUUUGUCUCCAAAUACAAGCUGCUACGGCAUUCGGCUACUCACUCGCCAGAAAAAAACCACAAGUGUUCAUACUGUGAGAAAACGUUCCACCGCAAGGAUCACUUAAAGAAUCACCUGCACACCCACGACCCAUACAAGGAGGCCUUCGCGUGUCAAGAGUGUGGCAAGAGCUACAACACAAAGCUGGGUUUCAAACGCCACCUGGCCCUCCACGCCGCCAAUAGCGGCGACCUGACCUGCCAGGUGUGCCUGCAGCCCUUUCCCAGCACCACGGUGCUGCUGGAGCAUCUCAAGACGCACGCUGGCAAGUCCUCGGGUGGGACCAAAGAAAAGAAGCAUCGCUGUGAACACUGCGAGCGGCGAUUUUACACCCGCAAAGAUGUGCGGCGUCACAUGGUGGUGCACACUGGCCGGAAGGACUUCCUCUGUCAGUACUGCGCCCAGCGUUUCGGACGAAAGGACCACCUGACGCGCCACAUGAAGAAGAGUCACGCACGGGAGCUGCUGAGGGUCAAAACCGAACCGGCCGACUUGCUGGAGCCUGUCGCUUACGACCUGGUGUCUGGGAGCAUCAAGGGCGAGCUUCCCAACAUGCUGACGCCGCGGACGCAGCAGCUCGGCAUGUACCCGGCUCCCGUCCUGGACACGGAGCCCUUCCUCAGCCCCCCGCUCCCCUUGUCUUUAAAGUACCCAUUGGGCUCCAACUUUACCUCAUACGCCGUCUCCUCCCAGGAACGGGAGCAGAAUCUAAAGGGAGACCUGGAGACGUACCUGAUGGACUUGCAGAGCGGCAUGCCCUCUUCAUCCUCCGCAGCCCAAGAAUCGCAACUCUCCUCCUCCAAACUUGAUUUGGAGCCUCACGUCGGCGUCCUGGAGGAGCCGAGGGACGAGGCGUCUUUUUCCAAAAUGUCAGCGGCGUCAGCUGCAUCAGCCGGUGACCAGCUGGCCUCAUCCUCCUCCCUCAUGGACUUCUCGCACCUCUUUAACUUCCUGCCAAUGAACGGGCCGCUGUUCAACCAGGCAGGCGGGAGCGGGGCGCAGUGCGACACCUACACCCCCAGCGAAGAGCAGAUGCCACUGGUCCAGCCGCCUCCUCAGCCGGAGCACGACCAAGAAGCUGCAGAGAGUCCACUUCAAGGUCUCCCCUCUUCCUUCAUGUCAAACCUGAGCACACAACCCACGCUGCCUCGCUUCCACCAGGCGUUUCAGUGACCCCGCGGCGUCUCCCCCAAACCCUCGCUGACACACACCCACAAGCAGAAGUAACUUCAAUGCCGCGUUCAAAUAGCACUUUCAGUAUCCUUUUCUAAAGAGCAGAGUUUGAAAAAGACCAGCAGUAUACACAGGAGUACCUCAAGUAACCUGCUAUUGUCAGCACACGCACCAAUGUGAACAGGGAGCUGUUUAUAGUUCAACUUUCUAUCAUCUUCCCCCCAAAUUUAAAAGGAUGAAGCUUUGUAUACUCUUUGACUGUGUAUAUAUUUUUGACUAGCACUUAUUACCUUUUCUAACGUUGCCUAGCAUCAAAGCUAACUAUCCAACAGUAUAUUUGUUAUCUAGUGUAUUUUCUAAGAGAUUUGAGCUGCUCUUUCAUUCAUUCUUGUUAACACAAAAAAUAAUCGGGUUGUACACUUCGCGGUGAAAGCAGCGGGUCGGGAGAUCAUAAGCUAUUCAGAGAAAGUAUUGGGUUUUGACUUGCAGUGUUGCUCCGUGUCCCGAGCCUUGGAGGAAGAGGAGGAGUUGAAGUGCUGGCGCUUCACGGCACACUUCGUGGGUUCAAUAUUUGCAGUAUUUCUUGGUGAUUAAUAGUACAAUCUUUUGCCUACAUGCUAGUCUGGUUACUAGAGAAGUCAGAGAGUGUUACAUCUAAAAUAGGAGCUCCAUGAUCAACUCUCCUCUGCAGAAGCUCCAAGCAAAAGAAACCAAAAAUACCAAGCUCAUGGCUAAACCCGAAAUCUUCAUGCGUCUUUGAGUUCAAGGUUUGAACAAGGCCAGUGGAUUGUUCAGAUUAAAGGCUCCAAAUUAUGAAUCAAAACACUGUUGAUGGAAGGUGAGAUUUAAAAACUUGCUUCAAAGUUCAUGAGGUGAGGGCUUGUUUUCCCCUGAAACUAUUUUUUAAAGAAGUCAAUUCCAUCAAUUCGGACUCAAAACCAAAGAAUAUUUUGGGAUAUUUUCUGUCGAAUAAAUCAACUGCCUUGGUUCAACCUGACCUUGUGAAAAGUCCAUCACGUUUCAUGUCAUAGCGGACCGUCGUGACCGUAACAUAUCAAAGGUUCACACCAUCAACUCUCACUAGUUUUGAGCAGCCGAGCAGGUUCUGGGAUAGCUAGGAUUCCUGGGAGAUUUCAGUGUGACGCAGUGUCGGUGCCGCGUCACAGAUGAAGCAUGAGAGAGGGGAAGGUUUUGAGGAGGUCAAAUCAAGUGGAUUAUUUUUGAGACAUUUCGCACUGAGGCGCUGCUUUGAAACAUAGUGUUGCUGUAGAGCCUACAGCUGUUGUUCAGAUGAAGCUGCUACAUUGUUUUUGUUGUGACUUGUUUUUGAGCUUUUGCUUGAUCAACUUAAAGACUGAAAACUUCUCGCUGCUGCCUCCUUCCGAUGGUCGGCAAACUGUGUGACAGAUCCAGAGGUUUAUUUUGAACACACUCGGAGUGAGAUGUGGGAUGCGCUAAGAUUGAGUGACACUUUGGUCGGAGAAAGAAGCCUUGGUCAUAUCUGUGACGUGUCACCUGUCGACUGGCCGAUGAUGUCACCAAGUUAGCUUGUCGAUCACACAACACAAAUCAUGAGGCCACAUUAUUCAUAAUGUAGUUUGAUAACAACAAUUAAGGAGCACCCAAAUAUGGAAUAAAGAUGAGCUUCUCCAUGUGUCACAUCAUGAAGGAGUCACACGGACAGGUGCUGUCACAGUAAUGGCCUCCGCUUCCUCUAAAGUGUGACCAAAUAUUAGACCUUAUCCUGAGCUAAACCCUUGAAUGGUGUUCUGUUUAAAGCGAGUUAUACAGAAACACAAUUUGUUUUUCAGUCGACAUCACUUUGUUAAACACAUGACACGCGGCGUGCUGCUGGGAGGCAGGUGGUCAUAAUGUAAUGGCGUGUUAUUCGCCUCGGCCAAAACACCAAACAAAGUUUCUUUUAGCUAACCUUUUUAAAAUGAGUAUUAUGGGAUGCAGGCUUGAAAAAGAGAUAUUGAUUCCUCGCAAAAAAAAAAUCCCCAAAUUUCACUCUGAAAAAACGCAAAUGAGGAACAGCAGUCCCUCAAAAAUACGCGACCAGAUAAGAGUGAACCCCGACAGAAGCGACUCCAUGAUUCUCCACACACACACACACACACACACACGUAUCCAAGCGAUUUACCUCACGUACAAAUUGUGUUUUUGUGCGAAGAGACUGGAGGUGGCGGCGUCCCGUCCACUGCGACAGGACACGGGGAGACGUGAGCGAAGACAUGAAUGUGUUUCAAAGCCUUUACGAAAGUUUGCUAAGAGAAUCUUGUGAAGGUUUGUGGUUUUUACAAGACGUGUUAGCAAGCUGCUUUCUUUUUUGGUUUUGUAAUCCUAGCACUUUUUUGUAAAUGUAAAGCCUUUUUUUCUCCAUUACCUGUUGUUUUAAAAAAGAAAACCUUGAUUACAAAUGUAUAGAUGGUAUAUUUAGCUCGUUGUAGAGAACAAUAACAUGUAAAUACAAUAUCAAAUGUUUUAUUUUUACAGGUACAGUUUUGACAGUGUUUUUUUUUCUCCUUUCAAAUUGUCAUUGUUUGCCUUAUUGCACAAGUAUCAUAUCAAAUGAUCCUUUAACAGAUGAUGAAACAGAGUGUUUUGGUGCCAGAUUGGAAUUAAUUGUUGUCAGUUCAGCUGCUAGUUUGAAUCAAAGCACGAACAACUCGUGGGACGUUUAUAUCCGAGUCAGCAUAUUGACUUCAGUGAAACUGGGCACAUUUUCAAAAAGACAUAAUGACUUCCCUCAUUCCCGGCCAUGCUGAAAGCUUUUUGGUUUUCUUUUGUUUUUAAACAUUCAGUAAUAUUAUUUAUAUUAUUCUGUUCUUUUUUCACCUGCACAUCGCAUUAAAAUAUUUUAAAUAAAAUACAGAAAUGUUUCCAAGUGAAUUAAAAAUCACCUUUUUUCAGAAAUAUAAUCGCAAAUUUUGAAAACAGUUUUUGUUUUCAUGAUUUUCUCAAUUUGUUCUGGUUUUUUUUCCACCAAACAAUUUCACAAAAUAUUGUGAAAUUGAACUUUUUUUUAUGACAAUUAGAAAUAAAUCACAAAUAUGUUCCCUUUUUUCCCCUAACCAUAUAUGUCGAGAAAUAGAAGAUAAAUAUUUUUACAUCUAUAAAGUAUUUCUUUUUCAAUUGCUUUUUUAAAAUCCUUUUUUAAUUCUUGUUCUCUCUUAAGACUUUUGUUUCCUUCAUUUCUCUAAUCUGUUUUUAUUGCAUAAAAUUAAUAAAAUCUGGAUUUUUAAUUCGUUUUCCCACAAUAUCUUAUUGGUGACAAAACGUUAAUUUUAUUAGCUUUCAUUCACAAUAUUUCUCCCUGACAUAUUGUCACUAUUUCAUAAAACAAUGCGAUAAAAGUUCCUUUUACAGAACAAAUUGUGUCUUUUAGUACAUGGCUUUGAAGGAGCCAGUUAUUUCAUAAUCGACAUCACUGAACCAAAAAAAAGUGCCUAAAUAUGAGGUCCCAUGGAAUUCACUUUAAAUGAUUGAGCGCCACCUAUCGGAGGCAAAAAGAAAUCAUUAACUGUUAAAAUCCUUUCCACUCUAGUGUGUCAAGUGUAAGUUUAAAUAUAAGCCUUUUGUUCAGUCUGAUUCCAACCAGCAACUAAACUGAAGACAAUGAGAUUAAAUUUAUCUUGGGGUUCAUUUUUCCCGACUGACUGAAAGUCGAUGAAGUUACAGUGGUACCAGUGAACUUUAUUGAAUGUGUCUGUUUAAAAAAAAAAAAAAAACACUGCAAUACUACAAUCUAUAUUUUGGUAUUGGAUCAAGCUGCUAAGGUCCUUCGAAGUCUCCUGAAGGUGCUACAGACCUCUCUCCUAGUCCUCUGGUGUAUCUCCAGUUCAGCUCCGCUGCAUUUAUCUCUAUUGUACUGUGACUCUGUAGACUCCGGACAGAGGUGCCUGUCAAGCCGCUCAGAGUGGGAGAGCCAGUGUCUCUGAGUGGAGUCACUCCCUUCCGACUCCGUCAGAGCAGACAAACUUCAUUCCAGCCAUGUUGGUUUUUAUCUUGCUGCCAUCCUGUGAUCAUUCUGGACUCCUCGCUACGCCUCAGUAUCACGAUAACUACUGUCCUUCCUCAGUCAUUCACCUCAACCAUCAGAGUGGGGCGGCGUUUGUGUGUAUGUUCUAGUAAGUCAACGCUUCAGCUUUUUUUUUUUUUUUUUUU